CCUAUCGCUACCAAAGUUAAAUAUAAAGAUAUCUUAAAAAACAAAAUUAUUGAGCACUUCUACCAACUUACUUUAGAUCCCGACUUCCAGAAAGCAUCGGCGACUUAUAGUCAGGGCUAUACCGCGAGUGAAAUCUGGACCGUCCUACGGCAGAAUCUAAACGACGAGAAUCUUAUAUUUCCGGUAGGUAGUAAAGAUCUAAUCGGGGCUAAGUAUUAUAACGAUCACCUUCUUGUCAUUUUCCCGGGAUUGAAUUGCUUAGAAAAUAAUACCUUUAUUUUAACUUCCGUCGUUCCGCUCACGGGCUCGCAGAGAUUAUAUAUUAUUACUAAUUAA